CGCAGAUACACGGUCAUGUGACCGAAUACGGAAAUAAAAUUCCGCUGAGUUUGUGUUCACUACGGCAAUUAGGAGUUUUGACAGGUUAUUUUAAAAGUAAGUGUAUUUGUGUCUUCAGUUGUGCAGUUGUUGUAAGACUUGUGGGUGUUGUGGCUUCUGUCACAUGGAAAUAGAAGUGUAACAUCUCGCUGUUACUUAUGGAGUUCACCACAUCUUAAAUAAGAUAUGGUGCUGUGUUUCCUAAUUCAUACGGUGUGUCCGGUGAGCACACUGUCCGCUGGCGAGAGCCGGAUACUGUACUCGCGUGUAUUCGGACCGGAGACCGCAGAUGGCCGUGACUUCACACCGGAGCAGAGACGACUGAUGCAGAAAGAGAAACUUAACAUGGUAACGAGGCAGGUGCGGAGUGCUGUGGCUCUGAGCAGAGAGGCCUCUGGUAAUCUGUGUGUGGAGGCUGUGCUGGGUGAGGAGGCUGUGGCGCUGGGUGAAGCAGAGAGUGGGGUAUUUUCUCUGGGCAAUGCAGAGCUGUUUCCAAAUCAAAGUGUUGUUUUGUGGCUGGGGGUGCAGUCUCUAGCAUUCACUCUCGUCUGCAGACCCCACGAGAAUCUUCUGCUUGCAGAGGGAACACUUCGCAAUAUUGCACGUCACUGUUUAGAGGAACUCCGUCUGCUGGGACCUGGUUCUGAGGUGUUGCUGAAAAGUGAUCGAGUGGACGCAAUGUUGCAGAGACUCCUUCCUCAUGGUCAGCUCCUCUUCCUAAACCAUCGCUUUGCCCUCAGCUUGGAUAAAGAGAUAUCAAGCUACAUGAGCAAAUGAGAGAGCCUGUGUAUUGGUAUAAUUACAUUGGAAAGUGUUUGCCACAUAUUUUGAGUAAUAAAAUAAAAACUGUCUGUUAAAUCCAAGAUGCUCUGAUAUAGAUUACGGAAAUCACUUCUCCUCAGAAGGUGCAAUGCACACUGCUGCAGUUGUUUGGAAAGUAGAAUAUAACACCCACAAAAUGUAUUGUUAACUGGUUGUUCUCUAUGAGGAACUCUGAUUCCACUUUGACAUUAGAUUAGAUGGGAAAGUGUGAUCCCACACACACAAAAAAGCAUUGCAGCUUUUAAUAUCCAGGACAAUGAUUCUGAAGACAUAAAGAGCCCAUUCAAGAUGAAUGCUGAACUUAUUUGGACCUUUCCACAUUUAAGAGAGGGCAUCUCUGUUGUGUGGCGUGUGCCAGAGACCUUGUUUUUUCUUCCCUUUACAGCUAUUUUAUUUGCACGUGUGUUGUACAGCCUGCCAUCUUGUGUUAUCUGCCCAUUAACACUGUGAUACCUCCCAGCAGAAUGAUUUGUGAGUACCUGGGUAACUUGUCAUAACUGAUCAUUUUAUAACUUUGUGCAUUGAGUUUCUUGUUAAUGUAAGGCUGAAUUUAUAUUAAAUCUGACUGGAUGUUUUGAAAUAAAACC